AUGGCGCGCUUGCUGGUGCUGGCAAUUGUGCAGCUUGUGGUGGUGUGUGUGGCAGGAUCCGGGCACUCGUGGGAGCCCGUCGAUGAAGAUAUUGACAUCAUGGCCCUGAUUGAUGACGAGCCCGAAGGGAUUGCAAUGAUCCAGCGAGAUGCUCGGCUGACAGCUGCUGCGGCUGCGGGCUGUGGUGACGCCAACUGCCCGGAGGCGGGCAUGCGCAAUCCAGGUGUCAUCCAGCCACUGCGCAGAGAGAUUGAUGCGGUCUUCGAUUUCCUGAAGCUGUUGCUGUUGGGCUGGAUGGCAGUGAAUGCAACAAGCAGCGCAAUAGCACAGUACGACUUACGACUAGAUGGAAGGAGGGAGAUCAGCUUCUCUCCAGCAUAA